AUGCAUGAGAAUUUAGACAACUUUAUAAUAAUGGCGGUGGCACAAUAUGGUGGUGGUGCGGUCUCUAACGGAAUGGCAACUAAAAGUAGAGAAUGUAACACCGUGAAUGAAGCAACAAGGGCAUUUUCUCCACAAAAUUCAAGGCGAAUUCACAAUUUUUCUAGGUUAGUUAUUGGAAAGAGGUUGAGCUAUGCAGAUGUUAGGUGGGAUUGGCGUGGGAGGUACUUUGCAAAGCGAACUCACACCACCACCAACCGGAGUAAUCAAGCCUCCCUUCAAGCACACCUUGCUCUUGCGGAUCGAAUCGAUCAGUUCUUGAGGGACUUUCUUCAUGUUGCCGUGGACAUCGUAGCUCUCGAAGUAUACAGGCGCGUGCAUUGCCUCCAUGACCUGCUCGACUGCACCGGUGACCAGAGAACCGAUUCCUUCCGUCGCCCGGUAUCAGAGUAA